UAUGGUCUACUACCUUACUAAUUAUCUCUGAUCAUGAGUAAUUUCAAUUACAUCCCUGAAGAAAUUGUGACCGAUAUCCUACAGAGACUAUCCUCAAAAUCCCUUAUUCGGUUUAGGUGUGUAUGCAAGUCAUGGCGAGAUUUGAUUGGGAGCUCAAAUUUUGCUCGGUCACAUCUUAAUAGGAAUGUAGCAAGACGCUCCAAUAGAUAUCUGUAUGCUUACCACCAGUCCUCAAUAGAUGAACCAGAACAUUGUCAGUACUCACUUUUCUCUACUGAAACAUUUGAGCCGUGCUUGAAUUUAAGACAUCCCUUAUGGACUAGAGAAAAAUUGAGAAUAUAUGGUUCAAGCAAUGGCCUUGUGUGUAUCUCUGAUGAAAAACUUCAUCCAAAUAGUCGUAUAUGCAUAUGGAACCCAUCUAUUUGGAAGUCUAGGACUCUUCCGAAUAUUGAGACGCAUUUGUCUGAUAUAAGUACUACCCAUCUCUCAUUUGGAUUCCAUCCAGAGCUUAAUGAUUACAUAGUUGUGAGGAUUGUCCAUCCUUAUAUGGGGAGUCCUGGAGUUGAGGUUUAUACCCUUAGCACAAACUCUUGGAAGAGCAUUCGGGUAACCCCUCCUUGGUUAAACUUCAAUCGCAUUUACUCCACAGCUGCAUUUUUAAAGGGAACAGCAUAUUGGACUGCUAAGACAGGUUCAGAAUAUAAGAUUGUAGCAUUUGAUGCGGGAAGUGAAGAAUUUCAAGAACUGAUGGUGCCAAAGAAAAAUUCCUUCACGGCGCUGCUAGUGUGCGAGGAAUCACUUUGCGUCUUUCAAUACGAGUGGGAAAGGCUGGAAUGGUCAGGAGAAUGGACCAUUGACUCAUGGAUAAUGAAGGAGCAGUCUUUGAACAAGGUGGAUUCUAGUUCACUCGGGAAAAGCGGAUGCAAUUUUCCACUCAGCUCUAGCAUAGAUAAUGAACUACUCAUUGCAUAUAUGGAUAUAGAUAUUAGAGAUGAACAUCGAGUGGUGGUUACCGAAAUGGCUUUAUAUAACAUUGAAUCCAAGCAAUUAAACAGAACUGGAAUUAGGUUGAAGCGGCUACGUGACAGGGGAUUUGAUGGCGGUGCUUACAUUGAAAGUCUGGUUUUGCUCAGUGAUUAA